AUGUGUAUGCGCUAUCCAGUUUUUUUUUUUUUUGCACGAUAAUUGGCUCCCUUGCCUUGGUUCCUGGAUACGGAAACCAAUCAUAGCGCAGCAAGGAGUAUCUGGUAGCAAAUAAUAUUAGGGGAGGGCGUGUCCGCCCCCGGAAACAAAGUGGGAAUUGUAACGCUUCCAGCAAGCGGUCAAGAUGCCGAGCGACUCAGCGUCGUCGUUGCUGCUUUUGUCGCUCCUCGCGGGGGCUUUGUCCCCCGGCGGAGCGGUGGAGGUGUCCGUGUGGGACGUGGAAGUCAACUCGGUCAGUGGCACGGUUUUUCCACGCCUGUCUUUAAGGAGUUGGUUGACUCAGCAUGCCGUCUUCCGGAAGACUCUGUACGCCAACACCACUAUCGCCGUCUUCCGGAAGACUCUGUAUGCCAACACCACUAUUUUCAUGAAAUUUCAGGGCGCCGUGGGCGCGUGCGAUCGAAACGUGGUCUUCAACAUCAGCUGGUACCUGCGCUCCUCUGUGUGCUACAACGAGAUUUUCAACACGCCCGACAACAAGGCCAUCAACAUGUUCGCCAUGGAGCACAUGCUCAAGGAGGGCUGGAGCGGCUUCUACAGUCAGGGCUACGUCUACUUUGAGAACUGCUCGGCUCUCUUCUUGCCAAAGGUGUACUAUACAGAUUUCAAUCCGUAUCAGCCGCUGUCCAGCCCAACGAGCGACGCUUCCAAUCAGAGCCUCGUUUGGCCCGACAAGCCGGACCUGGGCGCCGUUGCCAAGGCGUGGGAGGACAGCCCGUACAUGUUCAUCGUCAAGGUGCAGCCGCUCGUCCGCGGCGCGGAUGACGAGAACCCCGCGACCGAGCAGCUCAACUUUGCCUUCACCAUGAAAGUGGAGAUGAAGGGACCACAUGACUAUUCCUCCCCAGCCGAUUGGCCGCAGAUGAUGUUCUUCAUGGUCAUGUGCAUCGUCUAUGUGCUCUUUGGCGCCCUUUGGCUCUUCUGGUGCGCCUGCUACUGGCGGGACCUGCUCAGGGUCCAGUUCUGGAUCGGCGGCGUCAUACUCCUGGGCAUGCUGGAGAAGGCCGUCUUCUACUCAGAGUACCAGAACAUCCGCUACCGAGGAGACUAUGUCGAGGGUGCAGUGAUUUUCGCCGAGCUGCUUUCUGCGCUGAAACGAUCUCUGGCCCGCAUCCUGGUCCUCAUCGUCAGCCUGGGUUACGGUAUCGUCAAACCCAGGUUGGGCACCACGGUGCACCGGCUGGCCGCCGUCGGGCUGCUCUACCUCCUCUUCUCAUCGGUGGAGGGCGUGCUCAGGGUGACGGGUGGUUUCUAUGGUACGGUGGCCCUGGGGGCCAACCUAAGUCUUUCCCUCAUUGACUCCUGUGUCAUGUGGUGGAUCUUCAUCAGCCUGUCGCAAACCACUCGCCUGCUGAAGCUGCGGCGGAACGUGGUCAAGCUGUCCUUGUACCAGCAUUUCACCAACACGCUGAUCUUCUCCAUGCUCACCUCCAUUAUUUUCAUCAUCUGGACCACCAAGGUGUUCAAACUGGUGGACUGCCAAAAGAGCUGGAGGGAUUUAUGGGUGGACGACGCCUUCUGGCGGCUGCUCUUCUCCACUAUCCUGCUGGUCAUCAUGGUGCUGCUGAGGCCCUCCGCAAACAACCAAAGGUUCUCCCACUCGCCUCUGAUCGAUGACGAGGACGAAGGCGACGAGGAUGCCAAAGAGCCCAUGUUGAACGAAGCCUUUGCGGGGAUGAAGAUGAGAGGAUCCAAGCCCGAUGCCAGCAGCUCUCAGAAGCUUUUGAGUCAAGAGGAUGAAGACAUGAAAUGGGUCGAGGAGAACAUCCCGACAACGGUUGCUGACGUCGCUCUCCCUGCAAUGCUGGAUGAGGAAGAGGAAAUCCUGAAAACAAAAAUUGAGCGAUCCAAAAUGGAGUGACGACCAGAGGACACGUUUAUAUUUCCAAAGCGGUCGGAAAGGCAUCCGGAAUGUGUCCGUGCGGGUGACUUUGCUGUGCAGUCGCCGCCUACAUUCUGCGCCAAAAAAAAAAAAAAGAA